AUGAAGCGGUAUCUGCUUCAAUAUGGCCGAUGUGUAGCCGAUUUGGGGGCUCUUGUCACUUCAGCAAAAAUUCAGAGCUUGAACACCGACAAAACUGAGAUGGGCUCGCUGCCUCCGCAUCAUGACGCGAUUGUAUUGUUUCACUCACGCAACGUAGAACAGCCGGGAGCAUCAGCGACCCAAAUGGUCGGCGUCAAUUACCGCCAGCCCUACCACUCCAUCAUACAGCCGCAGGUGCCAUUGCCUCUCAGACGAAGCGGAUGUUCCUCUUAA